CGUCUUACAGCUAGCAAGGUACCCCCAAGUCCUCAAAUCCUGAAGAACACCUUUCAAAUCAUUCCAAAGCAAAGGAUCUUUUUUUCGGGCUUUCUCUACAAAUUCGUUCCCUUCUCUCGUGUUCUCAAAGCGACCAAAGCUUUACGUUGUGUUACCCGACUUUUCUUCUCUCGGAUACCGAUAUCAAUACCCGGCCGGCACCCUAUCAACAACCACAUGUCAAUCCGCCAAAGAAAAGAAGCCCCGUCUAUCACAGACACAUUAAAGAAGGUCGAAAAGAAAAUCGAAUCGGCCUUGACCGUCCUCUGGGAUGACCUGCCCGCAUGGCAACAAGACAAUCACUACAUCCAUUCCGGCUAUCGACCCGAGUCAAAUUCUUUCCUCAAGUCCUUCGCAAGUCUCGGCUAUCUGCACAAUGAAUCAGUGAACAUCUACUCCCACCUCCUGGGUGGUCUAGCCUUCAUCCUAAUAGGUCUCUUUCUAUACACUGAAAUUGCCCCAAGAUACGAGACGGCCAAUUCAGCAGAUAUUAUUGUAUUCGGAUGCUUUUUUGUGGGGGCGGCAUUGUGUUUGGGUAUGAGUGGGACGUAUCAUGCUAUUUCCAAUCACUCGCCGCUUGUCUCGAAGUUUGGAAAUAAACUUGAUUAUGUCGGGAUUGUGUUUAUGAUCACAGGAAGUUUUAUUCCUAGUAUUUAUUAUGGAUUCUACUGCCAUCCUCAUUUGCAGGAGACGUACUGGACCAUGGUGUGUUUCGGCAAUACUCAUCCUUGUACCUGCGACCGCUAAUUUCUUGUUUAGAUAUGCUCGUUAGGGGCUGGAUGUACAGCCGCUUCUAUUCUUGAGAGGUUCAGAACACCAGCUUGGAGACCAUAUCGGGCUACUAUGUUUUCCGCCAUGGGACUUUCAGGAGUCUUUCCUGUCUUACAUGGUUUGGAAAUGUAUGGUAUUGAAAAUAUGAAGGAGAGGAUGGGGCUUAUGUGGGUGCUUCUCCAAGGCGUCUUCUAUAUAAUGGGCGCAGCGCUUUAUGCAGUAAGUUUUAUGAACCCCAUUUCUCUUUUUAUUGCUGACCCAAUAGGGUCGAUUCCCAGAAAGAAGCUGGCCUGGCAAGUUUGAUAUUUGGGGAAGUUCACACCAACUAUUCCACGUUCUCGUUGUUAUGGCCGGAGCUUCACAUCUAUAUGGGUUGGUCGUUGCAUUUGACUAUAACCACAGAACCAUUGGAUUGAAGUGUUAAUGCUCACUUAGAUUAGAGACCGUGUCUGCUGGACCCGGACG